AUGGAAAGAGGGGAGCAAGGCAGCGACAACAGCUUGCACACAAUAGCCAUCGUUCUGCUCUGCUGUGGGCUCAUCAAAAUGCUGCAUCUACUGGGAGUCAUCAAUGUGGAGGACAAAGCUGACGAUGACUUGGAGAUGACGACGGUGUCCCAUCGGCCAGAGGGCCUGGACAAGCUCGAAGCUCAAACGAACUUCAGCAAAAGAGAGCUCCAAGUUCUUUAUAGGGGCUUCAAGAAUGAGUGUCCAAGUGGUGUAGUAAAUGAGGAUACCUUCAAGCAAAUCUACUCACAGUUCUUCCCACAUGGAGAUGCCAGCACCUACGCACACUACCUGUUCAACGCAUUUGAUGCAGGACACUCGGGAUCCAUUAAGUUUGAGGAUUUUGUGACAGCUUUGUCCAUCCUUCUGAGGGGCUCCAUCACAGAAAAACUCCAGUGGACCUUUAACCUCUACGACAUAAACAGAGAUGGGUACAUAAACAAAGAGGAAAUGACUGACAUCGUCAGAGCAAUAUAUGACAUGAUGGGGAAGUACACUUACCCCGUUUUAAAAACCGAUGCACCAAAACAACAUGUGGAGGCCUUCUUUCAGAAAAUGGACAAAAACAGAGACGGUGUGGUCACUCUGGAUGAAUUCAUCUUCUCUUGUCAAGAGGAUGAAAACAUCAUGAGGUCUCUGCAGCUCUUUGAAAACGUCAUCUAG